AUGUACACUGCCAAUUUUUUGGUUUGGUUAUUAUUCUUUUAUUUAAAUCUUAAAAAGGGGCAUUCACAUGAUUUAUCUCCAGGCGCUAUAGCGAAUGCAAUGUGUAAAAUCUACACAGAUAAUGCGAAGAAAAAUAAUAUUUGUCCCCUUUCGAAGUUUAAACCCUCAAUAUCUCGAGCAGUGUUUGCAGAAUCUGGAGACUUUCCUCAUAUGAUACAACUAGGUUAUCAGAUCGAUGAUAAUACCGAAUGGAUUUGUAGUGGUUCUAUAAUAAGUAAAAAUUAUGUGCUAAUAGCAGCUCAUUGUACUUCAUCCAGACAAAGAGGAGUAAAUGUAACACAACUAAGAGUAAGAGCUGGAGUAACUGAUCAAAAAGAUUUGUCUAAUGCUCAGAUAAGAAACGUUGAAUCAAUUAAAUUGCAUUCUAAAGUUGAAAUACCUGUGAAAUAUAACGACAUAGCACUAAUUAAAGUAAAAGAAGAUUUUAUAUUUAACAAGUUUGUAGGUCCAGUGUGUUUAUACACCAACGAGAAAAAUCCAGAUGGGAAAGGUCUUCAGACAGGUUUGUCUACAGCAACAUUGGAAAGUUUUCCCAAUUCUACAACCUUUACCAUCAGAAAACGGCGACAAAACAGUUUGAAAUGUACUCUUCCGCCACAAUUGGAGAAUGGAAGGUGGGUAGUAACUGAAGCAGAUGUUAAUCCAGAUGAUCUAGUGGACAUUAACACAAUAAUAAGAUUUGAAUGUCAUAAAGGUUACCAACUAUACCCUAAUAACCCCCUACUUCUUUGUGAUGGCAGCUGGGAUGAAACAACUUUUCCAAUAUGCCAAAAAAAAUGCCCCCCACUUUAUUCAACGACAACUACCACGUUAACCUGUAAAGACAUACAUAACGGAGCAGUACCUUGUGAUGAAGCCGUUGAUGGUACCUCUUUAACUUACAUUUGCAGCGCUUACUAUGAAAUACCACCAGGAGGUAGAAAUACGCUUUACUGCUACGAUGGCGUUUGGAACUUUCCGAAACCUAUAUGUGAACCAAGUAAGCGGAAUGAAUUUGAAUUUUGUUAG